UAUACUUCUACUUAGGUGGGAAUAUCAGCAUCUGUCAAUGUUAAUGUUGUUUGAGAUAUAAAUGAUUUCGUUUGCAUUAUUCUUCCCAAUUGAAUUCUAAAUUGUCUUUUGUCCUAGCGGUCGGGAAAGCCAUUCAGUAUGUGGUUUUUGACAUUUUUCGGAAUAUUUGGUACAGCAUCUGUAAUCUUAGCUGAUGUGCCGAAAUGUCCACCUAGCCAGAACUUUUAUCCAUGUUUCUGUACCAAUGACGGCUUGCUUACCUCUAUUGAUUGUGAAGGACUGGGCAGUCUACAAAAGAUAAGCGAUGUCAUGAAAAACAUCAAAGGACAAAAUCUUUCAUUCGCAUUCUGGAAAUCCAACCUUGGAGAUAUACCAUCUAAUUUCUUCGAAGGUUUCCAGUCCGUAAAUCUUCAUUUCGAAAAUUGUAAGAUAGGAUCUUUCGGUGACAGGCCUUUCACCGGCUUGGAAAAUUCUUUGAAAAACAUAUAUGUAUAUGGAAGUGUUGACAAAAGAAAGAAAGAUUUAGAAACCUUUCCUCUUGGCCAUCUUAAAAAGUUGAAGGAUUUAUACUUUGAAGCAAAUGACAUAAAAAGGCUUGGCAAUGACUGGUUUGAAGGAGGACCUGUGUCUUUGGAGCAGUUGAUGUUAGAAGCAAAUGAUAUAGAAGAGCUUGGAGACAAAGCUUUUGCUUCUUUGGUUAAUAUGAAACAAAUAUGGCUGGGUGAUAAUAGGUUUAAGAAAGUAGCUAGAUCCAUGUUCCCGAAUCCUGCUAACAAACUGGAACUUCUAGAAAUGAGCUUCAAUGGAAUCGAAGAAUUGCCUGAAGACAUGUUUGAUGGCAUGCCGCGCCUAACGAGUGUAAAUGUUUCUGGAAAUAAGUUGAAAACUGUUCCUGAAGCCACAUGGGGCAAAAUUUGGGAUCAGUUGAAUGAAGUAUACCUUGAACGUAACUCCGGAUUCGUUUGCGAUGAAAGUAUGAAAUGGAUCUAUCAACGAAAGUUGCCGAAAAUUUUGACUGGGCGCUGCACUGGAGGGAACAAGUUAAGCGGAAGAGACAUCAAAAGUUUAACUCUUGCUGAUUUUGACUAAACUAACAGAAUGAUUGGCCUUCGCCUUACCGCUUCUAUAAACAUCCGUUCCAGGCUAUUUAUUAUUCUCAAAUUUAAGAAACAAUGAUGUAUUAAGCGUAAUCCUUUACUCUGUAGAACAUUGCUUUUCUGUAGUUUUCACAUGUCGUUCGUGAUUUGAAUUUAUUAAAGUAUUUUCACCUUUCUUACAA